UCGCCUACCAAGCCACAAUCAGUUCACAGUCAACAGUCGCAGUGAGAACUAGAACCAGUUUUUUCAACACAACUAAAACUUACCAAAAACAAAAAUAAACAAAUCAACAUGAAAGUUUUCGUUGUUGCUAUUGCAUUUGCUUUCGUUGCUGCCGCCGUCGCACAAGACGGUCUCAGUUUGAGCGAGGAGCAGAUUCAAAAGGUCCACGCCUUGGCAGGUGAGUGCAUCAAGGAGACCGGCACUAACGAGGCGGCUGUACGCAAAUUGCGUGCUGGUGAUUUCAGCGAAGUCGACGAGAAUGUGAAAUGUUUCGCUAAGUGCUUCCAAGAGCGUUUGGGCUACGUUAAGAACGGAAGUGUCGAUGAGGCUGCUGUGAAUAAGUCGUUAGGUCCCUUGGCCGGCGAGGAGAAAGUGAAAGCUGUUCAAGCCAAAUGCAAUGGUGCAACGGGUAGCAAUGACUGUGAUGCCGCUCUCGAGAGGUACAAGUGCUAUUAUGGCGAAAAUGUUAAAAACCUGAGUUAAAUUAUACUAAGUAUUAUUAAUCUGGAAAGUAAUUUCGAUUGCCCUUAAAGCAUUUUUGAUAUUUUGUAAUAAAUUCUGUACAAAAUGUGA